AUAUUCCAAUCCAAUCCAAUUGGACAGAGUUGAGAGUAUUUUGAAUUGGAUUGUUUAUACACUCGGUUGUACUUUACCUAAACUAAAAGUAAUUAUAAGAGCUUGAAGCUUGUAAUUUAAAUGAUAAGUGUAACAAGAUAAUUACUUUUCUGUUUGUAGCCUAAACCGGCAAGUAAAUUGAGUUAUUUAUUUUUAUUUUUUAAUAUACUAUAAAAUAAAAAUGAUAGACACUUUUGUUAAAAUAGAAGAAUGUAUCAAUAAUUGUUUAAUAAGUAAACUUUCUACACCAUAUAAUGAAAAAGAUUUCCACUCUGAGUAUCAAGUGAGGAAUAACAAAUUGGAGCAAAAUUUCCCUAAACUUUUAGACUUAAUUGAAAAUGUAGACUUCAGGGAACAUCCAGAAAUAUGUUCAAGUACGUUGUAUUCCCUUUUUAUAUUAUAUAUGGAACUAAGAACAGAAGGUCCAUGGAAUACAGAAAAUACUAAAGCCCAGGAUUAUCCAUCAAAAUUAAACUUGGCGUUUGAAAAGAAGUAUAAUUUAAAAUUUGAAGAUAUUCUCCUAAGAGAUGACUUUUAUAAAUCACAAGAGGUAUUUGAUAAAUGCAUUAAAGAGUUGCACCAGAAGAUGACAUUGGAUGACUUCAAGAAGUACCCUGGUCUUAUUGAGGUCUACUAUUUGAUCAUUAGUAAUGUUGAGAAAUAUAAUGUAACUUUGAACCCGGUGACAGUAAUGCCUGUGGCUUUGCUCCUAGUUGACGAUUACAUCACUUCUAAUAAACUGAAGGGAUUGGAAUGCUGUUUAUGGAUACUGGAGUGUUUGAAACCAAACUGUUUCUCAACGGGAAAUUACUAUGAAGUUAUAUACAUGAGCUUCAAGAAGAAUAUGCAUGAGAAAGACGUUGAUGUGACUAAGGCUCUGUUUAAAUGUUACCCAUGUUUCUUGCCCAAGCUUCCUUUAGAUGUGAAGAAAGCCAAGUUGGAUGACGUGUAUGCAGGAAUCCUUGAUCAAUUGAACAUUGAAACUAACUUACAUAGAAAAGUUAUUUGCUUCUACUUCACAACCAAAAUGAUUGAAAUGCACCAAAUACAUUGUGCCAAGAAGAGAAUCUACAAGGAUAUCAUCCAUGACAGCUUAGAUAUGUGCACCCAUAAUGCAGCUGUUUACGAUAUACUAUUCAUACCUGCAUUUGAGUGCCUGCUAGCUUGGAUAAGAAAUUGUUGGUGUACCUGGAACUUAGUAUCAGACCAGAAGAUAUUGGCUGUGUUGUUAAAAGUUCUCUAUGUGACCAGAGAUGAGAAAACAAAGCUACAAAUCCAAACUUUGAUGAUAACACUAAUAAGUUUAUGCACUUUAGAAGAACAGCACAUAAUAUACAACAACUUGGACUCAACACCUGUUUCAUUACACCGAGACAGAGAUAUCAUGUUGAGGAUUAAAAUACUGAAAGAAAGCAUGAGAAUUAAUUAAAACAGUAUUUAUUCCAAAAUAUUAAUAAAAAUAAAGUACAUCUUAGUCAAAUCUUAGGUCCUACUUGUAAAGGGCAGAGGAUAAAUACUUAGAGAAUAGAAACUUGAGUAUUUAUUGGGGAUACAUAUAAAAUAUUUAUCCAUUGAUAAAUACUUUGGUAAAAAUCUGUAUUUACUGAGUAUUUAUCCAUUUUGAGUACACCCAUUUCUAGAACAUUCAUAUAUCCAAUUUUUAUAUAAUGUCUCUUAAAUAUAUAAAUUAAAUAAUCAAUCUCUUUACAUAAUUAUGAAAGUACUCCAUGUUUUAAAUGUCAGUUCAUGAAAUAAAUGUGUAGAAAGUA